UCAGUGCGCUUUAUAGAGCUGAAGCAGUGAUUCCCGCAUCUGUUGCCCACUCCAUAUCACCACAAACCUGUUGAACACUGACUACUGUCAGGUCCAGGACAAAUUCAGCCCGGAAAAGCCUGCAGACCACACAGUAAAGCAGAGUUUGCUGUAGAUACCAAGCGGAAACAUCAUAUUUGUCGUCAUCGAGCCCUUUGAGAAGACCCCUCAGGUCAGUGCAGUCCUGGACCACAUCUAGUGAGCAGCAGGUGAAUGAUACUGAAAACAACACUUUAUUUACCAUACAGACUGUCUCUUUAUACUAUACAUAUAUGCUGCAGCACAGUCGUUUCAAUAGUAAAAAUACAUCUUUUACGCCAGAUAUGGUGGACACGCAGACGUUUGCCUGGCCUGUGGGAUUUGGUCUGAGUGCUCUGGAACUGGAGGAACUUGACGAUAGUUCUCACUCACUGGACAUGAAACCUUUCUCAACGCUGGAUUACAACACGAUUUCCAGCGUCGAGUAUGAGCCGAGCCCGCCGCAGAGCGAGAUGCCGCACAUGAUGGAUCUGACGCACAUGUACUACAGGACGCAGGACAGCUACAGGGUUCAGGAGAGCAUCUACAGGGCUCACGAGAGCAACUACAGAGGACACGCAGGAAACUACCGAGGCCAGGAGAGCAGCUACUCUACCGAAGAGAGCAACUACAGAUCACAUGAACCCCAAAAUACAAUCAAACUCGAGCCUGAGUCACCUCCACAGUUUGCAGAGAACAGCCUUCCAUUUUCCAAACCUCACGAGGAUCCGUCAACUUCGGCUUUAAACAUCGAGUGUCGUGUGUGUGGAGACAAAGCUUCUGGUUUUCACUAUGGCGUUCAUGCGUGUGAAGGAUGCAAGGGAUUCUUCCGUCGAACCAUACGGUUGAAACUGAUCUACGACCACUGCGACCUGCACUGCCGAAUCCACAAGAAGAGUCGCAACAAAUGCCAGUACUGCAGGUUCCAGAAGUGCCUAAUGGUCGGCAUGUCACACAACGCCAUUCGUUUUGGUCGGAUGCCCCAAGCCGAGAAAGAAAAGCUUUUGGCGGAAUUCUCCACUGACGUGGAUCAUAUGCACCCGGAGUCGGCUGAUCUCAGGGCCCUGGCCAAGCACCUCUAUGAGUCGUAUCUCAAGUACUUCCCUCUUACCAAAGCCAAGGCCAGGGCUAUACUCUCAGGAAAGACCAGCGACAAUGCCCCUUUUGUUAUUCACGACAUGAAGUCUCUGAUGGAGGGUGAGCAGAUAAUCAACAGCCGGCAAAUGCCAAUGCAGGACCACAGGAGAUCAGAGAUGGGUGUCAUGCACGAGGUGGAGCUUCGUUUCUUCCACAGCUGCCAAUCGCGGUCGGCCGAAGCCGUCAGCGAAAUCACCGAAUUCGCCAAGAGCAUCCCGGGAUUCGUGAACCUGGACCUGAACGAUCAAGUGACGCUCCUAAAGUACGGAGUUAUCGAGGUUAUCAUUAUCAUGAUGUCUCCCCUCAUGAACAAAGAUGGCACGCUCAUCUCCUAUGGGCAGAUCUUCAUGACCCGGGAGUUCGUCAAGAGUCUGCGCAAGCCCUUCUGUGAAAUGAUGGAGCCCAAGUUCGAGUUCUCAGUCAAAUUCAACAUGCUGGAGUUGGAUGACAGUGACAUGGCCUUGUUCCUUGCCGUUAUCAUCUUGAGCGGAGAUCGACCCGGGCUUUUGAACGUCAAGCCCAUUGAAGAUCUUCAGGAGACCGUUUUACAUUCUCUGGAGCUUCAGCUGAAGACCAACCAUCCUGACUCUCUUCAGCUCUUCGCCAAAGUUUUGCAGAAGAUGACUGAUCUACGGCAGCUCGUGGCCAACCACGUUCAGUUGAUCCAGCUGAUGAAAGACACGGAGGUCGACUGGUGCUUACAUCCUCUUCUGCAGGAGAUUAUAAGGGACUUGUACUAAUGCGUGACCUGUUGAUAUCGAUUUUAAGUUUUGGUUUAUCACUCUGAAGUACGGGUGAUGUUUUUGCACUGUCUGAAACCUUUGUUGACAGAGAAACUAGACCAGAGCGUUAGUUGUUUGUCAGUUAACGCUUUGUGAUUCGUUUCUGGCCUUGGAGACAAAAGAGUGUCGUUUGGUGCCCAUUGCAAGGACUCAAAUAAAGACAGGACCAGUGUGAAUAUGUUGUACAAAACAUGAAUUUCGUGGUCCUUACAGAUAAAGCCAUGGACAUAAAAGUGACACUCCUUUUUUUAAUAAAGAAAGAUAGCAUAUUUUAAAUACAAUUGUUAAUUUUUGGUGAUUGUAAAAUAGAUAAUUUACAAAAAAUCUUUAUGAGGGCCACAUAUAUGUCCGCAACAAGUUACGAAACUCAUGCACAUGCACCAGCUACUAAAUGUACUGUACCAAAGAGCCUGUAUGAGAGGAAUACACACGCAGCUUUAUUAACCACUGAUAUUUGCCACAGGUUCACGCUUGUUUAGUUUAGAUUUUUUUUUUUUGCUUUGACAAGCAAAUGAAACACUUUCUCAGAUCUUUCUUAAAUUAGCUUUUCGCCUCAAAAGAGGAACCUUAACACGUUCGUCUUUCACAUUUAUGUUUGGACAUGUUUUAUGUAGACAUCGUGAGGGAUACUUUUAUUCACUUUCUUUUUUUUUGUCAGGAAGUAAAACUUAUUUUUUUCAGAUCAUUCCAGAACGUUGAUUGAUUGAUUAAUUCCCAAAAUGUAUGUAAAUAUAAAAACGGGAGCAUCUUUCAUGCAUUUUAAAUGUCAAUUGUAUUUGAAUAUGUAAAUAAAUAUUUUCAUUUCUCUGGA